GUGUCACAGCAUAGCACAUGUAGUUACGGAGUACUGGGAUUGAAGAGGGAUUUUAUCAGGAGUCAAAGGGAUAUUGUGCGCAAGGUUAAAGCACACAGCGGUAGAACACUAGGUGAUACUUUUAUUAGUGCAUGCGUGCAUCGUCCUUGGGUUAGUGAGUGUUCAGUAAGGCGAUCAUGAGUUUGAGCAUCAAUGAUACACGUUUUAUCACAGUGUGAACAGAACAAUGCAUGAUAAUUAUUUAGAAUUUGAUCGGAUUAACUCCAUGAUUUUAUAGCUAACAUUAUACAUAAACAUGAUCGGAUGAUAAAAGAAUAGUCAGUAUUCAAGACAUAUUGCUGUGCGCGUGGAUCUUUAUAAGGAGUGUAGAUAAAGCUUAAUUUUAGAAUCACCAUUUAAGCUUUGUUUUGGACUUUUGAUUACAAGAACAAUUUGUAAGGAAUUACAGUCGAUGUACUUAAAGAACAACAACAAGAACUGGUAGUUUCUUGGUUUCUAAAUUCAGUAUGAAGCCUCCAAGAUUAUCAGUCGUGUUUCUGGCUUGCGUCGUGAUUAUGUUGUCGGCAAAUACGGCAAAAUCCCAAUUCGGCGGAAUAGAUAUUCGUCAAGUCAUAAACAGUUUUGACGACAUUUCUUUGCUGAAGUUAGUUAUGGGACUCGUUUAUGAAAAUAAGCCCUUACUUCAAGACUUGAAAGAUGUUGCUAUAUCAGCGAUUCCACUUCUGUCCCUGGACCAUGACCCCAACUACUUUUUUAGCUUCGUGUUACCAUGGGCUUUCCACAAGCUCCCUAUCGUGCUCGAAAACGAAGAAUUUCUGACAAUACUGAGAACGUUCAUCGAUGAAGUUGAGAGUAAAAAACCACAAGCAGAUUGGAAAUUGGACUCUAAUGAUACAACAGCGCAAAAUCAUUACUUUGCCGCAAAGCUUGUUGGAAGUAUAGACUUCGUACAGUUGCUGCUUGAUAUUGUCAGAGCGCGCAGUGUGAGUGACCUCUUCCCGUACACUUCUACAGACAGACAGCUGGACGAACAAUGCUACAACGAUACAAUGGCAUUUGUGGACAGACUUUUCAUGGGCGACACGUGGGCCCUUGACAUGUUCGAUGCAAUCGGAAAACCUACAACUGGGAUCCGCCGAGGGGUGUUGUAUUUUCCCGGCACGUACGAUCAAUGUAUGAAUAUACGAGCGGAAAUCCCCUUCAAUGCCACACUUGGGCAACACAUCGUUACCAAGGAUAGGAGCUUCCAGGGAAAAUACUGCCGUGCGACCUUUGACCCGCCUAGGAGCCUCAUCGAAAGCGUUCUGGGUGAUAAUAUCAAUCACACAUAUGGCCUGCCGCUUACAAUAUCACUGGGAAUGUGCAUGCCAGACUCAUGUGCGGGCUCCGACAUUGAGGGACUCCUUAACCUUGGAAUACUGGGGUCGCUAUUUAACCUGACAGUGGCAGAGACCGUGUGUACAGAAGACUUGGACUUUAAAACGGACGACAACGCACACGCAGUCAUCGGAAUCCUGGGAGGCCUUAUUCUGCUGGUGAUAGUGUCGUCGACCAUCGAACUAUUUUGUCUGCAGAAGAAGAGAGAUCCACAGCAGAAGAUGAUGUACGCUCUCGGGGAGAUGCCGGGGGAGCAUGCUAAUAACGGCUACGUGGAUAUGCCGGGAAAUUUAGCUGAUUCCUCUAAGCCCAAUGCGGAAAACGGCAGCUACGAUAACGCGGUUGAGACCCUUACAGACAAUAUUAAACUUAAAGAAAAUGGCGUCGGCAAUAAAAAGGGAAGUAAGCAUGGAAGACUGGACUUGAACGUCUCUGUCGACAGUGACCUGACUGAAAACAUCUUGGACAAGUCAGAUGAUGAUGACGAAGGCUUGGUCCGCAAGUUGUUACGCAGCUUCUCGAUUUUCACUAAUUUACCAGCAGUUAUGAGCACAGAGGUUAAAAACUUCGACAUCUCGUGCCUCUAUGGAAUAAGAGUUAUAACGAUGACAUGGAUCGUCCUAGGAAAUACUUACCUAUACACCGCCCAGUCUGUAGCGGAAGUUCCAGUAGCAGCCGAUUUGAUGGACUCUUUUGACUUGAUGAAGCGGUUCACAAUGCAAGCAGUUUUGUCAACAGCGUUUGCAACAGAUACAUUCUUCCUCAUAAGCGGCUGUUUAAUAGCUUACUGGUUUCUGGCCAAAGAUGAAAUGCGAGUCAGCAAGAUCAACGUCAAAACAUUGCUGAAAUUCUACGCUGGAAAGUACUGGAAAUUGACCCCGCCCUACAUGUUGGUUAUGGUGAUGUUUGUUUACCUGUACACGUACCUUGGGGACGGGCCUAUGUGGCCUAAUAGUAUCCCCGUUGCAGACGCCUGCCGGAAGUCUUGGUGGAAGCACCUGCUCUAUGUGAACAAUCUUUUUGGCGUAGACGGCGUUGCACCUGAAGAUCAAUGCAUGGCGUGGUCGUGGUACAUGGCGGCGACGAUGCAGUUUUAUCUUGUCUCCCCCAUUCUACUUUCUCUUAUGGCGUUCUCAACGACUAUGGGUUGUGCAGUAACGGGGAUUCUUGCGGUGGCCGGUGUUAUCGCAGCUGGCGUCAAGGAGGCGGAGAUCGGUGGCCAAAUACUCACGAGCCGAGAAGACGGGGGUCAGUAUUGGAACUCCGUGUUCACGAAGCCCUGGUGUCGUAUCUCGUCCUACUGUGUCGGCCUCCUGCUUGGUCUAGUUCUUCAGCGGUUCUACCACAAAAUCAUCAACAAGUACAUUGCUGGCCUCUGUUGGCUCCUGUUUACCUGUGUUGGCGUUCUGCUCGUCUACGUUCCCUACACACAACACGUUGACGCACUCGCCGACUGGUCGCUUCCAGAACAAGGCGCGUAUGAGGCUCUCGCACGUCCGGUCUGGGCAAUGUGCGUUGGCUGGGUCAUAUACGCAUGCGCGACAGGAUAUGGAGGUCCGGUCAGCGACUUUCUUUCCUGGAAAGGGUUCGUUCCCUUGUCAAGAGUUACGUUCCUUGUGUACCUGAUUCACCCCGUCCUUAUGGUGCUAGCGGUAUACACAAGGCGAACCAUGCUUAACCUCAACGACUUCCAAAUGGCUUACCAGUUUGUUGGGCACGUGGUCAUCAACUAUGUCGCCGCCAUCUUUGCCGCCCUGGUAUUUGACUUCCCUUUCCGGAACUUGAAGCGCGUGGUCCAACGGAAGACGCUGAACUCCCCCUUCUAGAUAUUUAAAUAUGCCGAGCAUACGUUCAACUCGCAAAAUAGUUUGACUAUACAUGGAAGAAACAUUGUAAUUGACCAGCCGCCAAUGCAGUUUUAUCAACUGCUCGGUCAGUCGGAACACCUCGACCAUUAAUCAACAGAUCGAAGAUGACAACCGGAGAUGGCCGAGUUGUGACGAUUGCUGCUCGGCGUUGCUCGGCGAAUUUGAAUCAGUUAUGCAUUGUAUAUUUCAACCAUUUGCUACAAUUUUUGUACCAACUAUGUAUAUUGCUGUUACUGUUCAAAUGGUUAUUUGUAUGACAUAUGAUAAAUGUUGUGCAGACCUCUAUAAACAUAGGGUUUUCAUGGAAUUAUCAAAUUUGGAAUUCGUUUAUCCGGAAUCGAUAAUUUUGAGGUGUCUUCACAACCGAGCUCAAAUGAAUUGGUAUGAGCUAAACGGAUAUCCCAAAUAUUUUUGAAAGUUGCUUAACAUACCCCAAUGAGAGGCUCAUAAAAAGAGAUCUUAGCGAAGUAAUUUCUUACUUUACUAGUAUUCAAAAUAGAAGAAUAUAGUUCAUUGGACUUAAACAUAUAGUUCAAAACCCAUAAGCAUGAUUUCAAAUAACAAUUAAAACAUCAUAAACUAUCAAUUGGUUCUAAAUUUAUUUCGUAUUUUACGCACACUGUUCAUAAAAUUCAUAAAAAAAUCACGUUUAUCAUAACCACCUGAGCGCAUUUUUUCUUGCGUUUUUGCUGUAUGAACGCAGUAGGGCACGCGAGCAAAUUCCAAGAAUUCGAGAAUGUUUUCUGCCUGACAUAAUUUUUCAGCGCUCUUUUAAUAGUACUAAAUACUGCUUUAUAACAUUGCCUCUUAAGUUUGCAAAACAUGUCAAAAUGGGAAAGGAAUUUAAUUAUAUGUGCUUAUCCGGUAAAGCUUAGUUUGCUUCGUAAUUCAUAGAGAGCGUUGUUUGACUUUGACUUGACUUGACUAGAGAGGAUUUACUUGUACGUUUAGUGAUUCGCUGUCUCUCAGACACUUGACCUUCGUGAUUGGAUUACUACGCAUAUGAACUAUAUACCCUUGUUCAAAACAGUUGAUUCCCAAAUCAAAUUUGAUCUCCUUGGCCAUUUUCCAUCGAAAACAACACCGGAUAUAUGCUGUUUAAUCAAUAUAUUUAUAAUUAUUGUUACUAAUAACAUUAAUUAAUUGUAAUGUUUUAUCGUGUAAUUUGUAUUACUUACUUCGAAUUGAUUGCCACUGUAUCAUUGCAUAAAUAAUUCGGAUUCCCAAGACCAGUCCUAAGGUUUAACUGCUAAAUUGAAAUUACUACGCGAUCUACUUGCAGCGUAGUAUGAUUUGAAGAAUUCUGAUUAUGUAAACAGCCCAUAUACAUCCGAAGUUGUUAACGAUGGAAAAUGGCCGAGAAGUUCCGACUGAUCCAAAAACAUACAACCAGUAGUCACUCUUCAUGCCAUACAUGUAUACAAGUGGUUUUGAAACACUACGUGUACCUGUCGUGUGUAGCUUCACGUACAUGUUAAAGUUGCAGUUUAGUUCAAAAAUCUAUAAACGUUAACUUGCACUCCCGCAAAUACCCGUUCACACCAUUUUCCUCGUGAUAUCGUUCAUGUGAUUUUAAGCGUAUACAAUGUACAUGUACACAUACCUGGAUGACGUGUUGCGCAAAAAGUAGUCCACACGUACCUGUAAAACGUAGUGUUUCGCCAACUGUCGCCCCUCUUUCACCGAAGUCGUUCAAAAGAACCAAGGUGAUUUGGUUUUGUAAUUCUAAAUUCUGUUUUACAAGCUACGCCUUUUUGAGCGCGUAUCUAUAAAGUAAUGUUGAAGCUGGUUAAUAAGCUUUACAGAGCUGAAUGUGUGUGUAUGUUACAUAUUUUUACUCAACAUAAAAAUUAUCUUUGUUACUGACUAGUUUAUAGUGAUCAUAGUUAUCAAUGUCAAACUUAUAUUCGUUUGUCUUUUGUUUGUACAUGCAUCAUGAAUUGCUCCUUAAAGACAUGAACUGAUAUAGUAUUUAUAUAUAGUAUUUUAUAUAAUGUUUAUUGCAGUGUUCUAUAUCUUGUUAACAAUUGGAACACUUCGGCCAUUUUCCAUCGAAAUCAACCUCGGAUGUUUAUUGACAGUUCACAAUGUCAACAUUCUUUACAUUUAACUACGCUUCAAGUAGAUCUCGUAGUAAUUUCAAUAAAGCAGUUAAGCCUAAGGAUUUCACACCUAGAAAUCUUAAUUAUUUAUUAAAAAAUACGCUUCAUUGGGAGUAAAUUUGGACUUAUUUAAUCAAAUCACACCUUAAAAUACUACAAUUAAUCAAUAUUAGUAUUAUUAAAUUUACGAACUACUUUUAUUAAGUCACAAGCAUUCAUCCGAGGUUGUUUUCAAUGGAAAAUGGCCGAGGUGUUCCGAUUGUUCUAGUAGAAUGAUGCCAUGCUGUAUAUAAAGAUUUGCCUUAAUGUAUAUGCGUUUCGGAUUUUCAGUGUGCUCAAUUUUGUUUGCUAUUUUAUAUGUUUAAAACACUCGUUGUAUUGUUUGCUUAUGGAUUUAUUUAAUAAAACCAAGUACUCUUAAAACACAAGUGUAUUGUAAAUCUCGAGUUUAGUGUAAACAUACCGCAUAUCAUUUUAAAAUUGAGAGAUCUACA